CACUAGAUGCCCAAACAAUGUCCAUAGACAGACCUAGAAUCCGUCUUCAACAAAAUUCAAAAUGAAACAAACAAAAACAGAAAUAUGAGCAAAGUGAAGUUGUUCUACUCACUGACAAUGGCCAGAAGACACUUACUGUUGUGGAUCUUCACUCUGUGUGUUUCACUCAAUCCCUCAGAUGGUCACAUUCGUGAACUUGAUGGAAAAAAGGUUUAUGAGAUUGUUCGACCAAUCACAUUACAUGAGCUACAAAAAAGAGAUUUAAAGUCAAGACCUGAUACAGUGAAAUACGCUAUGACACUUGGUGGGAAAGACAUUGAAAUGCAUCUCCAGAAAAAUGAUGGCAUGCUGACUAAAGACUACAGUGAGACCCACUACACUAAAGACGGGAUGCUUGUUACAACCACACCUGAGGAUCUGGACUUAUGCUAUUAUCAUGGGAAAAUAGUAAAUGACAGCGAGUCGUUGGUUAGCAUGAGCAUCUGCAAUGGACUAAGAGGCUAUUUCCAAACAGCCGAGCAGAGGUUUCUGAUUGAGCCGUUGUCCGAGGAUGGUGAUGGUGACCAUGCUGUCUCUAAGUAUGAAGAUGCACUUGAAGACACACCGAGGUUGUGUGGAGUCACCAACACUAGUUGGGAUGAGAGUCAGGAUGGCGCUCCUCCACGCAUUCUGAAAACCCGUUCUCGUCUCUCAGGGCCAACUUUGUUCCAGCAACAAAAAUACAUCGAGCUCUUCCUUGUGGCAGACAACAGAGCAUACAAUAAAAUGGACAUGGAUCUUGGGAAGCUGAGAAAGAGGAUAUUCGAGAUCAUCAAUUUCAUCAAUAACGCCUAUAAAGAAAUAAACACCUUUGUUGCUCUGACUGGAUUUGAAGUGUGGACAGACGGCGAUAAGAUAACAGUGUCCUCUGCUCCUGGAACAACUCUAGGCAGCUUUUCCAGUUGGAGGAACAGUGAUCUCAUCAAAAGAAAGAAGCACGACAAUGCACAAUUACUCAGUGCAAUUGACUUUGAAGGAUCAACUGUUGGUCUAGCUUACAUUGGAACCCUGUGUGGAGGUCUUUCAACAGGGAUUGUACAGGAUCACAACUCUAAUUCUAUAGCAGUGGGGGCUACUAUGGCCCAUGAGAUGGGGCACAAUCUCGGGAUGAAUCAUGACAGCAGCAGCUGUGUUUGUUCUGAUAGCACUUGCAUCAUGACAGCUGCUCUCAGCUAUUUCAUCCCUCAACACUUUAGCAGCUGCAGUACUGCCACCUAUGCAGAUUACCUGAACAGCAAAAACCCAAACUGUCUUCUAAAUAUGCCCGAAUCAAAAGAUUUGAUUCAGCCGGCUGUGUGUGGAAACGGAUUUACGGAGAAAGGAGAGGAAUGUGACUGUGGAACGGUGCAAGAGUGUACAAACCCAUGCUGCAAUGCAACCACCUGCAAACUGACAGAGGGCUCACAAUGUGCAACAGGAGAAUGUUGUGAAAAAUGCAAGAUUAUGCCAGCCUCACAUGUGUGUCGUCCAAUUAAUCAUGACUGUGAUUUGCCUGAGUCCUGCACUGGAAAAUCAGCCGUGUGUCCUGAAGAUGUCUUUACAGUCAAUGGACUCCCUUGCAAAAAUGGGAAAGGUUAUUGCUACAAUGGCCAGUGUCCUCAGAGAGAGGAGCAGUGUAUUAAAAUGUGGGGUCCAACUGCUGAGGUGGCUGGAGACAUUUGCUACAACCAAAACACAAAAGGACAGUCCUACGCUUACUGCAAACGUUAUGGCGAUAAAUACGUCGGAUGCCAAAAACAAGAUGUGAUGUGUGGAAAACUGUUCUGUGUAAAUGGCAACGGAAGUCCUAAUUAUGGACGGCUGGUAACAUUCCUCAACUGUAAAGCCACAUUCUACGGCAAUCCUGAAGAGGAUUACGGCCAAGUCGACACUGGCACCAAAUGUGGGGAAGGGUUGGUUUGUAACCAGAACGAGUGUGUUGACCUAGAAACGGCUUACAAAGCAACAAACUGCUCAGCCAAAUGCAAAGGCCAUGCGGUUUGUGACCACAGACUGCAGUGCAGAUGUGAACCUGGAUGGCUGCCACCAGAUUGUGAAACAUCCUCCGGAAGUGAUGGUUUGUCUAAAGGUGUGAUUGUAGCCAUUGCUGUGGUUGUCUGUGUUCUGAUUGGGAUACUUCUAAUCGGACUGGCCGUCUUCUUUUACAAACGCAGAAACAGUACACCACAUUCAUCCAGAAGCCAUCCAAGGCUGCAGAAAGCUCAUAUAGUUGACAUCCCUGACUUGAGUCAAAAUAGAUUGCCGACGCCAAAUCAGAAGCCAUCUCCGGUAAUAAAACCAACAGCACCUCCUCCACCUCCACCCUCUUUAGUCCAGUCCAGAGCUCUUCAUAAUGACUUCAUAACUGCACGUCAGGCUCUAAAACCACCUCCAAAGGUGUGAUGUCUAGCACCUGUCAAACCUCAAGAAGUUGAAGCCGCACUUGGGAUGGCCAAUCACUCCAGACCCUGCAGAAGGGAUUGCGAGUGUUCGAAAAAGACUGAGCCGAGACGUAAUGAAUGGCAAGAUUGUCCUUGAGCCAAAUAAUGAUUUUUAAGUCAUCGUUGUUUUUAACUAAAAAAAAAAGUUUGUUUGUUUUUUUACAUUUAUUUAUUUGUACAGUCUGUUUCUGUGUAAAUGAGCCUGCUUGUGUAAUGAUUUUCAGACUCACAUCCACUGAAUGUUCAAGACACAAAAUUAGAAUGCUGCUUUUCUAAAGUUUAUAAAUAAGUCACUAACUCUCAUAGAUGUGAUAGUUUUCUAGUUUGUAUAGCAAUGGUUGCCAAACAGUUGAAAACAACACUGUACUUUGUAACAUACAUUUUGCUACAAUGCACUUUCAAUAUAUUUUCAAAUCUAAAUGCUUAAUUUCAAAUGUUUCCAUUAGUUUUGUAUUUAUUAAAUCUGAUCUGUACUGUAAAAUGCAAUACUACUGUAAAUCUACAUUGAAAAACACAUUCAGGUGAUUUUUUUUUAAUAAAUAUAUGACCAAACUUGAGGUCCACAGUA